AAGCAUUCGUAUCGUUCUAAGGUCACUCUUUCGAUCGACCGCCUCCGGCAAGCUCAAUACCAACGAAACCAACUGCGCCAGCGAGAUUCGCUCGGAUCAAUGUUCCUAGAGCCAUCUGUCCCGAAUUGCAGGUAUGGAGUGUUAUACGCAGUACGAUAAUGGCUGUUUCCGGUACUCCGCGUUGGCAGAGUGUUCAAGGUAUGGCACCGUGACGCAUUCGGUCGGUCACCAUAAAGAUACUGAUGAGCAUCUACAUAGUUGUCCUGGAAGGUGUAGGAGCUUCUGCGCCUACGGCCACGAGUGUUGUUCUGGCCGGAUGGAUCGUACCGCGAAGCAAUGCACUCGGGGUGGCUCCGUCACGGGUCAGGGGGCUGGGGUACCUCGGGCAUGUUUUCCUCGUGCUAGCGGACAUUGUGGCCAGAGCUGUUGCGGCCGGGAUGACGGGUACCCAUAUUCAGGCCUGCGUCGGUUAGGUCGUCGACCUGGUGGGUCGAUGACGAUGCCGGUGGUUACGCCUAUCGGCAUCGUUGGCAGCGUAUGUUGUCUAUGGUUGCUUUGAGCCCAGAACAUUGACCUGGCGUCACAUAUGGAUCGUGAAGUCGGUCGUAGGCACGGCGGUGGACUUCGUCGCGCUCACAACGGGA